AUGGCCUCCGCUGCAUCGUCCGCCUUUACGGCUUUCACCUCCUCCACUGAUUAUUGCUCUCGCAGGGCCAAAAGAGCCAUCCAAAUCGGUACUCUCCAGGUGCGCACCGUUCGGAACCAUACCACCUUUCUCAAAACAACAAUCAAUGCUCACGCUCCCACCACCACUUCGUCAUGUCCUUCAUCCUCUGUUAUCAAAUCUGCAAUGGCCACAGAGUCUUCUGCCAAAAUUAUUGAUGGAAAAUCAGUUGCCAAAGAAAUCCGAGAAGAAAUAGCUGCUGAGAUAUUGAGAAUGAAAGAGUCUAUAGGGAUUGUUCCUGGAUUGGCAGUCGUUCUUGUUGGGGAUAGGAAGGAUUCUGCAACUUAUGUACGGAACAAGAAGAAAUCAUGUGAAGCUGUAGGGAUCAACUCGUAUGAAGUGCGUUUGCCUGAAGACUCCUCAGAACAAGAAGUACUCAAGUAUAUUUCAGACUUCAAUGAUGAUCCUUCAGUUCAUGGCAUCCUUGUUCAGUUACCUCUACCUUCUCAUAUGAAUGAGCAGAAUGUCUUAAAUGCUGUUUGCAUUGAGAAAGAUGUUGAUGGCUUCCACCCGUUGAAUAUUGGUCGCCUGGCCAUGAGAGAUAGAGAACCAUUAUUUGUUCCGUGUACACCUAAAGGAUGCAUAGAGCUCUUGCAUAGGUAUGGUGUUGAUAUAAAGGGAAAGAGGGCUGCCGUCAUUGGCAGGAGUAAUAUUGUUGGAAUGCCUGCUGCCCUGCUGUUGCAAAGGGAAGAUGCUACAGUCAGUAUUAUCCAUUCAAGAACAAAGAAUCCUGAGGAGAUCACUAGAGAAGCAGAUAUAGUAAUCUCAGCUGUGGGGCAGCCAAACAUGGUGAGGGGUAGCUGGAUCAAGCAUGGCUCUGUUGUUAUUGAUGUUGGAAUUAAUCCGGUUGAGGAUGCGAAAAAUCCUCGAGGUUAUAGGCUAGUCGGAGAUGUUUGCUAUGAGGAGGCUAGCAAGAUUGCCUCAGCAAUUACCCCCGUCCCUGGCGGUGUUGGUCCCAUGACAAUAGCAAUGCUUCUUUCUAAUACUCUUAUCUCUGCAAAGAGAGUUAACAAUUUCAAGUGA